AUGAUCACUGACAUCGCUGAUGAGUCAUCAGGUACUUUACAGUUAGGUAAAAACAAGUCGCAAUCUUUUUUUGUAGAGUUUCUUGUUGAAAGUUUUUUCGUACAACCUUCUAACCUUUUCCCUCCGUUCAGCUUAUUAAAUCCGACACUUCAUUUAGAUGGAUUGAAUACUCUUGUUCCGUCAAUAGCGCAACGUGUUGGUAACCUUUGCCAUGAAUUGAGCCUCCUGCCAGACCGCUGUAUUCAAAUUGGCCCUCCGUUUAAAAUAAUUACCAAACCUAUAAAAAUUAUUGCAAGUCUAGCUUAUUUGACAUACCUAGUUGUUUUCAAACACACGAGCCUAGAACUUGGGCCUGCAUUAUUUGAUAAAUGGUUCGGAUUUUGUGUGGGCAAACAGAAUGAGAUGAUUUCAAAGAGCUGGCUGAUUGCUCAAGUGUAUGUAAAGAAAUUACCAAAAGCUGGAUCUGUUCUACUUAAUAUGUUAGAACCACUUAACAAAAACACUUUUGAUCGGUCUCUUCUUCGAAUCUCCAAUGAGUACUUGCAAUUCUGCUCACCGUGUCAAAGGUCCUUUUAUCAGACGAACUUUCUUUUUGUUGCAUUUCAAACUGCACUUUCCUCACUUUGUUCGCUUAGUUCAGGAAUUUUAUUCUCGUUCGAGAAAUCUUUUGAGCUUUUUGAUGACUCGUUUUUGGACUCAAAAAAGAUGUUACACAACCUACAACGUAUUGCAUUUCAUUGUAACAAUGCCGAUGAACUAGGUGGAAAUAAAUUUUACUUCGAAAAUUUGCUUGCCUGCACAUCAUCUGAGGCUAUUGGUGUCUGUUUUUUCCUCGCUCUUAAGCAACGGUGUGGUAAUCUUUUUAAGGCUCCCUUCUGGUCCUUCGAGGCUAUUAUUAAGUCAUCUAAUAUCAUGUCGUUGCUUUAUCGUGAUGUUUUAACAUACUUUUGCAUUUAUUCUAUUGGAAGAAGAAGAAGUCUAAGGCUUCUAGAUGCACUGUCAUUUUUCCUCUUUGGAAAGAUCAACUUUUGCUUUGAUAAUACAUUUUAUAACAAUCUAUUAGACCCCAAAGAACCACCAAAGUAUACACGUCGUUCUUACUCUAGUAAAGUUCUUAUAAAGUCAUCUACAACGGUGAACUGUAGUACUCCGAUUUCUAGUGAAACUAAGACACAUGGCAAACAGGAAAUUACAUCUCCUUUGAAAUUUUCUGAGUGUGACUUUCGUUGCUUUAAUGAACCGUGCACGUUAAACAGUGCAGUCAAACUUCUCUCUAGUGCUUAUGAUGUUUCAGAUAUCAGUGAUAAAAUUAAUGAUUGUGAAAACAAUGAUAUUCUGAAUAAUAUACUGGAAAAGACUCCUGAUAAUGACUUUCCAGUUAAUGGUGUAGAGUUAGCAAUACCUACGAGAGGAGAUGAUACUGAUAUUGAUUUGUAUUUGAGAAGCUGCUCCGAAUUUGAUAAAAUGAAUCGUGUAUUUUACGCUAUGAGUGAGUGA